AUGUCCCAGCCUCGAGUGCCUCUCGUUUGCGGCAUCCCCGUCGGCGCACCUGGUUCUGGCGUCCGCAUCACCGAUCUGGCUACCGGCCAGAAAUUCGUCGACAUUGCCGUUGGGCAUGGUGUCAUGGAUUUCGAUGUUGCCAACGGCUACUCCAAGGGGACUGCUGAGGAGGUAGCGCAAUUUCUCCACCACCGAUUUGUUGGCAAGUUGGACCUUAAGGGCGCUCUCAUCGACACAAAGGCAUCGGUAAAGGCGCCUGGGGCGCAUAGCGCAGAAAAUUUGAGGAAGGCUGCCUUGCAGUCUGUCGCUAAGCUCGCACCUCACAAGAUCAACGUCUACUACUUACACACGCCGGACCGUUCUGUGCCGUACGAAGAGACUUGUGAGGCCAUCAACCAACUUUACAAGGACGGCAUAAUUCAGGAAUUCGGUCUGAGCAACUAUCAUUCGUGGGAGGUCGCCGAGAUCUACUAUAUCUGCAAGGCCAAUGGUUGGCUCCUCCCAACUGUCUAUCAGGGGCGCUAUAAUGCCAUCCAACGCGAGGUUGAGGCCGAGCUGUUCCCAUGCCUCCGCAAGUUUGGCAUCCGGUUUUACGCCUAUAGCCCCCUUGCAGGCGGUCUCCUCAGUGGAAACUUUCUGACGGAAGAGGAUUUUGACAAGCGUCCGGGAUCUAGGUUUGACCCGAAAACGGCGGGACACGCCCAUUUUCUGCGUGGACUCGCGGCGCCUGUCUUACCUGUGAUUAGGGAGCUCGCGGAGAACCUUUCCAAGUACGAUACUCCGCUUCCGGAAGCGGCUACUCGAUGGCUGCAGCAUCAUAGCAUGCUCGACCCAGAGAAGGGCGACAGGGUCAUCAUUGGCGCGAGCUUGUUGGAGCAAUUGGAGACGAACUUGAAGACGAAUACGCUGGGCCCUUUGCCGGUAGAAGUGUUGCAGGUGGUCGAUGACGCGGGAAGCAAGGCAGUGGGGCGCAACAUACACUACGCCUUCUGAUCGCGGCGCUCAAGUAUUACAUCCUCUGAC